AUGCUGUCUCAUUCUAGAUACACACCAAAUCGCUACAAUGGUAAUGGUAACAGGAACUACUCAAGCAGGGGUCAAGGUAGCACUUACUCGUCCAGUCAAUCAAAUAACGUGAAUCAUAAUCGAGGUUUCAAACGAAAGUACAACUCCACUGAUUCGUACUCAUCUUCAAGUUCAUAUAAAUCACGUCAAAACUUGUAUCAGCAACACUCAACCCCGAAAGAUUACGAAAAUCGAUUUCAAAUGUGGAUGGGCGAUCUUGAUCCUUCGUGGACAGAGGAGUCCAUUUAUACCAUGUGGUCCACCUUGGUUGCCCCACCAAAAUCUCUUAAAAUAAUGCGAGAUAGACUCAAUCCACUGAAACCAUCGUAUUGUUUUGUUACCUUUGGGGACCAAGAGGCGCUCGAUUGGGCAUUGCAGAGGAAUGGCCAAAUGGUACCGAGUACCCAACGAAGGUUCAAGCUCAGUCAUGCUAGCGCAAGGAAUAACAACCCUAACGUGGGUGGUGGGUCAGGUAGACCCUCAACUGGCGAAUUUUCACUAUUUGUGGGGGAUUUGGCCCAAGAUGUCAGCGAAGCUGCAUUGUACAGUAAAUUCAAUUUGAAAUAUCCAAACGAAAUCAAACUGGCAAGAGUUGUAAUUGACCAGAACUCCAAACUAGGGAAGGGAUUUGGGUUUGUCAAAUUUUUCCAUAGCGCAACCAUGGAAAGAGCUUUGAAGGAGAUGCAAGGUGUAAUGUUGGGAUCAAAAGCAAUCAGAGUUGGUAUAGCUGCGGGGUCGGAGACAACUCAAACCAAUCAUGCUCAGUCCAAGCCUGAUCUUAAAAAAUUAGCGGUCGCUCAGAAUCAACCUGAACUAAAUGCUGAUACGGACGAGAGAAACACAAACAUCACCAUAUCAGGGUUGUCAUCAAACUUCACAGCGAGGGAACUCGAGCUAGUAUUUUUGAGCUUUGGCGACUUGAUAUAUUGCAAGCUCUCGCGUGAUUUACAAAAGGGUUAUGUUAAAUUUGUUUCGCGAAAUGCAGCUGAGCUCGCCAUGACACAAUUGAGUGAUACAGUUCUUCAUAAUUGUCGCUUGGAGCUUACCUGGGGAAGUAGUACGAAAACGGGGGAUGAUGCAUUUAAGUAUGAGCCAGAGAUUGAAGGUGUCUACGAAAGAGAUGAAAAACCACUAUUAUUGUACGUGUCAAGUGAAUAUCCACAUAAAAACUUGGGACUGCAAACAAGCGACGAACUCAAUGCUUAUGUAAACGGGUGGGAUGGGUGUGAAGGCAUGUCAACGCAACAAGUAAAUGAGUUUUAUUUGAAAAACAAGUUGGCAAGGGAGCAUCUAGUGUAA